AUACUUGAAACAUCUAGAAUAUUUCGUCGAAUAGCUUUACUCUUUGUCUUUACAAUCAUGUGCUCAAGUUUGUUUAACCAUCAUAAGGUGAUAUUUGGAAAACGAGAUUAAACAUAAAACAAAAAGGCCAAUAUUACAGCAUACCUUACCAUUUCUUGCAACUAGUGUGAUCAAUUUUGAAAACUAUUGAGCCUGCAAAAGGAAAGCAAUCGCAAGAAUAAAAUGGGUAUUACUAGAUCUACGCCUCAGCAAAACUUGGACCCUGUCGAGCUUGGUGGAAUCUCGGCUGACCUGAAAAACCUUCUGGAGUUGAAUGGAUUGGGGAAGGAAAUGUUCGAGAGAAUUCAGGAGGAAUCAGAUCAGUGGAAAAAGGUGAAGAUAAAUAUUGCGGUUGUUGGGCAAGCGAGACAGGGCAAGUCGGCGCUCAUCAAUGCCCUUCUCGGCUCAGAAAUAGCAGAAGUGCGAGAAGACGGGGUGUGCACAGCAGAAGUUACAGCCUACCCCCACCCGAGGAGUGAAAACAUUGUAUUCUGGGACGUUCCUGGAAUCGACGGAACGCGACACAGGAUUGAGACCUAUUUUGACACCAUAAACUAUGCUCAAAACGAUUACGAUUUUUUUAUUAUUGUGACCCGAGACGUAUUUUCAGACAACGCGCUCAAAAUUGCAGAAAAAGUGAACCGCGAGCUAAAUAAAAGAUUCUAUUUAGUCAGAACCCAUGUCGAUGAAUCAAUUAAGAAAAUGUUUAAAUUGGAUAAAUCUAGAACAAUCACGGCAAAAAAAGCAGUCAGCUCAAUAAGGCGAAAAAUUGAGAAGGAAAUGGAGACAAAUACCUUCAAAUCAUGCAUUUUCAAGCUUUAUUUGGUCAAUAAUUAUGAUCCAUCAAAGUACGAUUUUCCAAAAUUGCAGAAAGAUAUCUGUAAGGACGCGCCAAAUAUUAUUAGCGAAGCUCUAAAGCUAACAAUCAGUGCGAGAAGCGAAGAACUGAUUGAACUCAAGUACCAAAUGUUCCUGCCACGGCUGAAAAUGGGUUCUCUGGCUUCCGCUGCGACCGCGGCUGUUCCUGUUCCGGGUUUCGGCGCUUCUGUCGAUUUGGAUAUUUUAGUUUAUGAAACCUGUAAUUAUCUUUUUUCCUUUGGCCUCGAUCCCAAAGGCAUUCGUGCCUAUGAAAGACUUCUGUCUUUAGAUGAAGGUGAUCUUGAACGCGAUCUAAAUAAUUACUUGAAAAACCAUGCUCCUUUUGUCUUUUUCGUGCGUAAUAAAUCUCUCGAUGUCGACAUAACUUCGGAAUCGCUUUGGACUACCGCCGCAACUGUGGUGAAAUCGGGAGGACCAAUUUUAGCUAAAAUGGUAGCAGAGCAAGCUACCUCAGAGGCUGUGGAGUCAACACUGAAAAUUUUCAUUCCGGUUAUUGGUCAAAUAAUUGCAGGUUCUAUUUCCUUUGGGUUGACAUAAUGCCAGCUGAAGAAAUCUCUCGACACAGUCAGAAAAGCUGCACUAUUUAUAAAUAGAGCUGGCGUGCAAAUGCAAGCAGAUCGGCUGGGGGAUUAUGAGAUCGACGACGAUGUGGAGGAAAACUCAUCUAGUCCGGAAUCAUCUGGAAGCAACUCCUCGGAGCGCCGUCAUCAAAUCCAAAAGACUGUUUUAAUCAUCCAAAACAAUGUAAGAAUUAUGUCGCUAUUUUCAGCCUCGGGAGCUGCGGUGCCUGUCCCGGCUUUAAGUGCUAUCAUUGACAUGACGAUUAUUUACCAGCAGGCACAGUCUUUCAUAUACCAGUUUAAUUUGGAUCAAAAAUCGGUGGCGGGGACUGAAAGGCGGCACAGAGUCAACCCCGGGUUGUUUGAGACACAGCUGAAUAACUACAUGAAGUUCAGACAGCCCUUGAUGCACUACAUUCGAAACCUGAGCGAUGAUCAACAUCUGAAUGCUGGUUUGCUCAAAUCUACCCUGGUAUACUCUCAGAAUCAGGUAUUGGUAACGACCACGUCUGAGUUUGUAGAAAACGGCGCCAAAUAUGUAGUUCCGUUUUUCGGUUCAUUCAUUGCAGCUGCAGUGUCUUUUGGAACUACAAGGAUCCAGUUGCUAAAACUUCUGGAAGGAGCGAGCGAUGCUGCUUAUCAUGUGGAGCACUUAGUAGCAAGGUUCGGAAUGUAGAAACUAUUGUGAAAAAAUUAGAUAACUGAAUUUAAAAGAACUAGGGCUAUUAUUUUGACGAAAACAAAGAAAAAAUCUACAAGAAUUAGCUUAGUGCCAUUUUUUUGCUUUACAAUGAUCCGCAAAAAGACUGCUUUGAAACUGAUACCAAAUUUUCUCAGUUAUAAAUCAAUAAAUUUUAUUUUCAAAUUGAA